CGUACAGUGACGUUGAGCAGACAUUGAGGUGGAAGAAGGGUGAUACCUAUUUUGUAAUGAUUCUAACAGUAUGGUGCACCAAGUUUCUAGCUACGGCUUUUAGCUAUCUCAUUGCUAUGUGCAUGAUCGUUUCACAAGCAAUAUGACUAGUCAUGCAGCAAGUGUCAUCAGAUUUCCGAGUGAGUCACCCGGGAAAAUGCGGAUUAUUUCAUUCAUUUGGAUCCACGUAUCUCCGGGAGCUGUGGGCAGCUAUACUAGUAUGUAACGUAUGGCUCCUUCACCACAAAUUGUCCUUUACGAUCUCAAACUUGUUGAUGCCCCGGGUUUGAUAUGGUCCCCUAACACUUGCAAGACACGCUACGCGUUAAACUAUAAGGGUAUUCCGUACAAAACGGUGUGGCUCACAUACCCAGAAGUACACUCUGAAAUCCCUAAAUUAACCAAAAAAGACGGUCGCCCGACUGUGCCUGUGAUCGUUGAUCUGCUCCACGAUAGCACGGUAGUUCAAGACUCUUGGGAAAUUGUGAAGUAUCUCGAAGAAGUAUAUCCGGACACCCCAAAACUCUUCAACACCAACAGUAUCGGCGCCCAUUUGUUUUUCCAAGACUACUGCACGCAAAAAUUAUUAUUUGCAGUAGUGUUUAGACUCGUAUUGUCAAAUAUGAUAGAUCUCGCUGGAGAACACAAAGAGUGGUUCAUAAAAACUCGAGAAGCAUUCCUCGGAAUGUCUAUCAAAGAGUUUAUAGGAGAUGAUCCAACUGUACAUGCAAAGGCGCUCACGCAAAAUUUGGAGCCUAUCGGGAAAAUUCUUAAGACAUAUCCUUAUAUAAGUGGACAACAAAUUGGAUGGUCCGAUAUUGUCUUCACAUCAAGCCUUCGUAUGCUUGUUGCCUUCCGGCCUGAUUCGUUUGGUGCUUUAGUGCUCGACGAUAAAAAAGCAGGAAAGCAGUUUCAAGAAUGGUGGAAUCGGAUGGACAAAUAUAUGCAACUUGAGCCUCCAUGUUAUUCAGUAUGAACAGCAGAGUCAAUGCAAACUGGCUGAUGUAGCAACUAAAUAUAUAAUUUUUUUUGUUGGCAAUCAAAAGGAUCACAGAUAAAAUUAUGUUUUCUAAUUUCAACGCUUUCAACGUUUCAAUGUACUAGUAUUAUCCAUUUAAAGGUUCGCUAUCUUAAAGAGGUACCGUAGUAUCAGACAUAUCAGCCAGUUCUAAACGCGAUCGGUACGUAUAUAUUAUGUGUUGACGGCCCUUCAUCAGUGCUACAUACUGAACUUAAUGCCUUGGCGGAGGCAUUAUGAUGAAUCUACCUAAA